GUCAUUCUAAACCUAACUGCCAUAAUUGCUAUUGAAGAUUAUUAAACAACAAAUAGGAGCAUGGCAACAAAUCCUCCUGGACAAGACUAGAUACCUGGUCCAAGAGCCAGCUACAAGAUAAUGGGCACAGAGAAGGAGAGAAAAGGAGCAGGUAUAAGAUUAUGAAUGACGAUUUAGCUCAUGACCACCCCCAGGAAGAAGUCAUUCAGUACCAACCAAACUGUUCUCAGAAGGUCUCAGAUGCCUACAAAGUAUUAUGGAAGGCUCUAAUUCUAUAAUCCUAUGUCUGUGAUGUUUUCAAAAUAAGAAUCGAGUAGCAAUUCUGGCAGAACUAGACAAGGAGAAAAGGAAAUUACUUAUGCAAAACCAAUCUUCAACAAAUCAUCCUGGAGCCAGCAUUGCUCUCUCCAGGCCCCCUCUUAAUAAGGAUUUUCGUGAUCAUGCUGAACAGCAGCAUAUUGCAGCACAGCAGAAGGCUGCCUUACAGCAUGCUCAUGCACAUUCUUCAGGAUACUUCAUAACUCAGGAUUCUGCAUUUGGAAAUCUCAUUCUUCCUGUUUUACCUCGACUUGACCCAGAAUGAAGAAAAUAUUUGCAUUAGGGAAAAUAACUUUGUAAAAUGAACUGCCAAAGUUAAUAUCAUUCUGAUUCACUCUGUGCUAAGAAAUGACUCACAUUUUUUUUGGUGAGAUUUUGUAUUUUAUGCCUUGUUACAAGAAAGGCACUUUACAUCUAUGCAGGUGAAAUGUACAUAAAUGGUGCAUGUUAUACACAGUUUGUAACUAUUCUGUAAUGCACUUCAUUUAUUUAUACCAAUAUGUUUGACUGAUUUAAAUUUUUUUUAAAAAAAUUUUAAGUAGAAUGAACUAUACAAUAAGACCAGACUAGAAAAUAGAAAAAACUACAUAAGGUACUUAACUUUAAGGAAAUGUCAUUUCCCCCGUAAACAAAUAGGGUUGGUCAUAGAAAAAAAUUCAUUCCUUUUGGUGUUUUAUCAGACUGUUAUUAAUGUAACCACUGAAUUCAGGUUCUUGAACAUUUUGUUUUAGAAAAUGGUCCUGAAAUCUUUUAUGUGGCCUCAUUUCUGGUUUUUUUGGUCUCACUUUUAAUCCUAGAAAAGAGAAAUUAGUCUAAAUUACAAAUUAGUAUUAUACUUUUUAGUAUUUCUUAAAUAUGAAAUUUAUGUAAAUGUUAACACAUGAUAUUAAAAAUUACUGUGACAAUAACUUUGUUACUCUUGA